AUGACCGCCAACCCACUUCUCGUCCGUGGAAAACAGCCAUUUCGUGUCAUAGCUGCUCGAAGUAUAAACCUUUCAUCUUUCUCCAGAUCUGACAAACGACAUCGACAUGACAUUCUUCGCCGAGCGGUUGCCACACCACCACAUCAAUGCUAUCCGGAAACAAAAUCUAUUCUCGUCAGAUCCUUAAGAACUAUGCUAGAAAACAAAAUUCUAGGUCCUCUUGGAUCACCAACGAGGGAAGACCUCAACGAGGCGGAAAACCAGUUGCUCGAGUCAGUGUCGCAACGCAAUAAAGCUGGAUUUGAACAGGCCAAGUCCAUACUAUUACGCCUGGCAAAAGAGCAAGCGUAUCUUCAGUCUCAGAAAGAGAAAGUAGAAGAAUCAGAGAGAAACGCACCCAUCAACUACGUGGUAGAUUCUUUUAUUUUGAAUCAGGUAAUUGAUUGUUGGAGGACGUGUUGGCGAGAUCAUAUGAUUGAUGUAUCGCCUGCAGAUAUUCUCAAGCUCAUUGACACUUUGGAGUCCAAUGGAGUAGUAUCCGACAGUAGAACGGUAACAAUGGUAAUUGACGGGAUUACGCUACGGGGAGAUCAUCACGAGGCUCCCUUGCUGGCCCAAUGGCUAUUGGACCGACGGAUGCAGCUCGCGGAAAGCCGGCCUGAAUUGAGGCCUGAUACGGUCAUGAUCACCAACGUCAUUCGAGCAUGGGGAAAGAGUAAACGAAUUGAAGCUCCCGAAAUGGCCGAGGGUCUCUUACAACUGAUGCACGAUCUGCACGAGAACGGAGAAUGGAUAGACUCUGGCCCAAACACAUUGAGCUACAGUGCAACGAUGGAGGCAUGGGCCAACAGCAAAUCUCGUGAAGCAAGCGAAAAGAUGGAAGCCCUUCUCGAGGAAAUGAAGCAAUCCAGUGUGGAAGCGGUCCGACCAGAUCGUGUGUCAUACUUGUAUGUCAUCAAUUCGUGGGUACAUUCCAAGUCACCCGAUGGACCAGAUCGUGCCAAUGCCUUGAUGCAAGAAAUGUUACAGCUCUACAACAAUGGAAAUGACGACGUGGUUCCAGAUGUGUCUAUAUUUUCCAAUGUAAUGGUGGCCUAUGCUAGACGAGGGAGAGCAAAAGAGGUGGAGACAUUGCACGAGCAACUUCAAGACGUGUAUUCGAGCACAGGAGACCCCAGGUUUAAACCAAAUGCUGAUUGUGCAAAAGCAUUAAUCAUCGCAUUGUCCAAGCACGGCGCUCAAGCUGAGGCAGAAGGACUGCUAGACGAGUUGGUCGAGCGAGCACUUUUGGAGCAAGAUCCACGGAUAAUGCCGAAACGGAGCUACUUUGUCGACGUGCUUGUGGGCUGGACUAAGGACAGGGACAAGAAAAGAGCCUCGGAACAAUCACAAAGGGUUCUUAUGCGCCUCUUAGAGCUUUCCAAGUCCGGAUAUCCUGAACUGAUGCCCGAUGCAAAGAGCUUUGAAAAGGUGAUGCAAGCAUGGUCAAAGACGAACAAUCCGAAGGCUCCAAUGAGUGUCGAUACGCUACUCUCACGAAUGAAGAAUGAAUACACGAAAACAAAGAAUGAGGCUGUGAAGCCCAAUGCCAGAACUUUCGAGUUAGCCCUUCUUACUUGGUCACGCUCAAGACAGCCAGAAGCACCCGAUCGUGCUGAAGCCUUGUUGCAAGAAAUGGAACGUACUUACUUGGAUGGUGACGAAUCCAUGAGACCUAGUCGUGGUGCGUACACUACACUGAUGGUGACCUGGCAGCGAAGCAAGAGAAAGAAUGCUUCUUCAAAGGUGUUGGAUGCGUUCGAAGACCUCCGACAAAAGUAUAUCGAUGGAGAAAUCCACCUCCGUCCUGAUGCGUACGUCUACAGUGUCGUGGUCGACUCGUUUGCUCAGCAAGGUGAUGCCGUUGGAGCGCAGACUAUUUUCGAUACCAUGCUAGAAGAGUAUUGUAAUGGCAACGAAGAAGCAAAGCCGGACAUUGAAUCCUAUAACAAACUACUCAGGGCGUACACUUUCUCAAAAGACAAUGAAAAGGCGCAAAAGGCUGAAAAGCUAUUUCAAGGCAUCAAAAAUCUCGGCCUUGGCCUGUCUCCCAACCGUCAAACACUAAUUGAGAUGAUUUCGGUUUGGUCCUUCAGUCACGAUGAUCCCAUAGCAGCGGAAAUGUGUGAACAGUAUUUUGUGGAACUGAAACGCAAAAAUUAUGAAGCUACUGUAGCAACCUAUACCAAUGUCAUCAAUGCAUUGAACAAGAGUAAAGACCCGACGGCUGUAAGCCGUGCCAAAAAGCUGCUCGAAGCUUUGAUACACGAUGUGGAGGAAGGCUUCGUCCAGAAACCGUUUUUCAACCCAUACAAGAAGUUCCUUCAGACAGUUUCCCGAAGCAACAUUCCGCGUCGAAAUGAACAAGCAAAGAAACUUCUCCGAUCAUUGAAUCCAAAGACACCAAUUACGCGCAAGCUAUUGCCGCCCUUGUAA